AUGCUCAAAAUUUACGAGUCCCUCAUCUGCAAACAACUCUUCGGCCACGAAACAGACGAGGAUGAUGCCGUCUGCAAGUCGUCGCCGGUGCAAAAUGAAUUGGCACUCUUGAACAGCUGGAAAGGCACUUUCGACCAACUUCCAGGCAUCGCCCUUGCUCUGCUUUACGGAUUGGCCGCCGAUCGCAUCGGCCCAAAGCCCGUCCUCCUGCUAGCUCUGACCGGUCUUAUGCUGGAAGAGUCGUUCAUACGAUUGAUUUCAUGGUGUAAAAUUCUCGGUCUCGUCCCCUUGAGAGCCAUCUGUCUCACCCCCAUCUUUCAGUUGAUUGGCAGCGGCCCAGGUAUUGCGACAUCUAUGGCGUAUUCCAUCAUUACUGAUACCUUUCCUGCGAGCCAACGCGCAUCGAUAUAUUUUCUCUUGGCCGCAGCUAUUUUCAUCGGUGAGAUUCUGGCUACGCCGCUGAGUGCAUUUCUCAUGUCUCGGACGCCUUGGCUCCCUUCAUUGGCAGGAAUUGGCUGCCAGGUCUUCGGCUUAGUGGCCGCGGCUUCCGUUUCUGAGACGAGACCUCCCUGA